AUGGUCCGUUUCAACUUGGCCGUUGCUGCCCUUGCAGCUGGAGCGAUCUCGGCAUCCGCAUCGGCAUCCGCUUCCUCCCCCACCACAACUGAAGCUCUACGCGGAAUCUCAGCCGCAGACGCAGCCAAGUACCAAGCCAUCAAAACCGAGUCGGGCCAACUUGGAUGGAAGUGUCUCGAUGGCUCCAAAGAGAUUCCCUGGACUGCUAUCAACGACGACUAUUGCGAUUGUGCAGAUGGAUCGGACGAACGAGGUACUUCUGCUUGUCCGAAUUCGGCCUUCUACUGUGCCAAUAGCGGACAUCUUCCCGCCUACAUCCCUUCCAGUCGUGUCGAUGAUGGUAUUUGCGAUCCCGAGUGUUGCGAUGGCUCGGAUGAGGCGGAUGGCAAAGUACACUGUCCCGAUCGAUGCGAAAAAGUGGGAAAGGAGUAUCGUAAGAAGAUGGCCGAGCUGGACAACUUGCGUAGAGCGGGAGCCAAGAUCAGAGACAAGUACAUUGCAGACGGUCGCAAGCAGAAGCAGUUGCUAGAAGCAGAGAUCGCAAAACUCCAAAUCCAAGAACAAGUGGCCGCUGAGAAGGAAGCUCGACUGAAAAACCAGCUGACACGAGCAGAGACCUCGGACAAGGCGGCGAUGGAUGCAAAGAUCAAGACGCCCUUGUACGCCAAGUUGUCGCAGCAUCAGCAGGCGAUCAAGCACUUGAACCACAAGAAUGCUGCUCUCAAGUCCGAACUUGAGACUCUGACGCUGCUGUUGGAUGAUCUGGCCAAGGGAUACAACCCCAACUAUCAAGAUAUGGCGGUGAAAGGCGCUGUCCUUGCUUACAAGCAAUGGCGCACUUCUGCCACUAACUCUGCCGAAGCGCAAGGCCAAAGCACCGUCGACCAGCUUGCUGCGGAAAAGAGAAAACUGACUCAACUGCUGGAUGAAGGCGACUGGCCGGCAUCAAAGCUUUCCGCACUCCUCGCCCAAGACCCGCUGGACAUUAUGGAGGGCGGUAUUGCAGACCAGAAGCGCCUCACAACCGAAUGGGAGGGUGGGCUUCUGUUCCGCAUCCACGAAUACCUGCCGGAUGCAGUAGUGCCUUAUUUCGAAGCCAUGGUGGACACUCUGCUCGAUGUUCUAAUCAAAGCCAACGUGAUCACUGAUGUUAAACGGAUGCGACCCAAAUCCGCCUCCUCUCCUAGCAGCACCGAAUCGGAAGCGGAAAGCAUCACCUCGGCUCGCCUCGCCCACUCGAAUGCGGCCGCGCAGCUUUCUCGCAUCACCAACGAGCUUGGCAGCUGUAGAGAGAAACUCUCGCAAUUCUCUACCCGCUACGGUCGCUCGGCGGAAUUCAAAGCUCUGGAAAACAAAUGCAUCUCCAAAGAUACAGGAGAAUACACAUACGAAUACUGCUUCUUUGGUCGUGCGACACAAAUCCCCAACAACGGCGGCGCACACAUCUCACUAGGCACGUUUGCCAACUUCAACCCCAAAAACGAUAGCACCUGGCAGCAGGAUCACUAUUGGCUGCAACAGAUCUACGCAAGAGGGCAAAAGUGUUGGAAUGGUCCACAGAGAAGUACGCUCGUUCAACUGCAAUGUGGAGUGGAGAACAGCAUCGAGCAUGUUUUCGAGGCGGAGAAAUGCAUCUAUAGCUUCACCGUUGCAACUCCAGCUGUUUGCUUUCCAGUAGAGCACAGCCAGAAGCAGGCGCAUCAUGACGUGAAGGACGAACUCUAG